CCACUGCUCCUCCCCCCAGGGUCCCCGCGCGGCCCCCGGUCGCCCGGGCAGCGGCGGCAGCGGAGGCACUCGCACCCCGGCCCCGGCGGGCCCCGGCGGAGCAGCGGACACAGGUCCCAGGAAGGUGGCGUCAGCAUCUGCAACCGCGUCGACAACGUUGUCAGAGCCUCCGCGAAGGACCCAGGAGAACCGGACUAGGACCAGGGUGCUGGGCCUCCCCUCUUUCCCAAUGGAGAAGUCAGCGGCCUCAACAGAGCCUCAAGGGCCACGGCCAGUCCUGGGCCGUGAAAGUGUCCAGGUGCCGGACGACCAGGACUUCCGCAGCUUCCGGUUAGAGUGUGAGGCUGAGGUGGGCUGGAAUCUGACUUACAGCAAGGCUGGCGUGUCUGUGUGGGUGCAGGCUAUGGAGAUGGAUCGGACUCUACACAAGAUCAAGUGCCGUAUGGAGUGCCGUGAUGUGCCAGCAGAGACACUCUACGAUGUCCUACACGACAUUGAGUACCGAAAGAAAUGGGACAGCAACGUCAUUGAAACUUUCGACAUCGCCCGUUUGACAGUCAACGCUGAUGUGGGCUAUUAUUCUUGGAGGUGUCCCAAGCCUCUGAAGAACCGUGAUGUCAUCACCCUCCGCUCCUGGCUCCCCAUGGGCACUGAUUACAUCAUCAUGAACUACUCAGUCAAACAUCCUAAAUACCCACCUCGAAAAGACUUGGUCCGAGCUGUGUCCAUCCAGACGGGCUACCUCAUCCAGAGCACUGGGCCCAAGAGCUGCGUCAUCACCUACCUGGCCCAGGUGGACCCCAAAGGCUCCUUACCCAAGUGGGUAGUGAAUAAAUCUUCUCAGUUCCUGGCUCCCAAGGCCAUGAAGAAGAUGUACAAGGCAUGUGUCAAGUACCCUGAGUGGAAGCAGAAGCAUCAGCCACACUUCAAGCCAUGGCUGCACCCAGAGCAGAGCCCAUUGCCCAGCCUGGCACUGUCGGAGCUGUCAGUGCAGCACGCAGACUCACUGGAGAACAUCGACGAGAGCACAGUGGCAGAGAGCAGGGAGGAGCGAGUGGGUGGUGCAGGUGGCGAGGGCAGUGAUGAUGACACCUCGCUCACCUGAGUGCAGCACUGCUGCAUGGACUGAGACCGGACUGGGGCUGAGCCCUGGGGCAUGGAUCCUCCCGCACUUCCUCCUGUCUCUCACCCUGCCUCCUGGGGGCCUUGGGCUGCGCCCAGGCGGCAUUGCAGCCUGGCUGGACACAGCCCCAAUAAACGAUCCCACAGCCUCA